UGUUGAAAACCCUACAACACGUUAGUAGCUGCUAGGCAAUUACAGCAGCGACGUAUCGAAAGGAGGGUGGCCACCGAAACUAAUCAAAAGGGCCGUCCAGCACCUGAACCAUCAAUCGGGUUUAUGAGUAAAGGCGAUCAAUCAGCCCGCGGUUAACCUUCGGUGAAACGCGGAAGUGUAAUUCAACGUCAUCGUUUUUUGUGACUUAUUAUCGGUGACAACAUGGCUGAAACUGACAUUAGCAUCGACAAGAAUAAACUACCUGGAGUGAAAGAGGUGUGUCGAGACUUUGCUGUACUGGAGGACCACUGCCUGGCCUACAACCUCCAGGAGCAAGAAAUUGAGAGCCACUUGGCGUCCAACGUCAAUAAGAGCCGUCUGGUGCAGAAGGACCUGCUUGUAGCCAAGAAGCUGCAGGAGGAGGAGGAUCUGAGGGCCAAGGGCCAGAUCCUGAAGCAGCAUGUUGAAAUAGAGCGUCAAGACAAUGAGAUCGCCCAGGAGAUUCAGGAAGAACUGGUGCGACAGGCCGAGCAGCAGCUAAAGCAGGAAGAGAAGGAUGCGGCCAUAGCUCGUAAGCUGCAGGAGAAGGAGAUGAAAGAGGAAAGGAGGAGACAGAAGCAGAUGGAAUCGAACCUUGAGCAGGAGUACUUUGAGGAUCACGGAGCUGCCAGUCAACACCUUGACCCGGAGAAACACAGGCGUCACAAAUCCAGUUCCCCAGGCCGACAUGAUGCAUAUGCUCCAGUGAGCACACAUCGUGAUAACUCCCCUGAAUAUAGCUCAACACACCCCAAAAGGAGCAGGUACCCAAGACAGGACCCAGCAGCACCCCACAGCCACUCCCGAUACCCCGAGCAUCACCUAGUGGCAGAAGGAGGGCGAAGCAGGCACGCAGACCCGUACCCAGAGCACCUGUUGCCCUCUAAAGGCAAGCAUGGGGACAGGUACACAGAGUAUGAGCCCACAGAAACUGGCAGGGCCAGGGGCGACGGGGGGGGCGACACAGUGGUCAGGACAAAGGAGAGACCGGGCAGACCGCCUCCACCACAGAGCCCCAUAGAGAGAGACGGGGCCUGGGAUAGGAAAAGGGACAGGCACCAUGAUCGAGACAAAGGCAGAGACCUGGACUGGGAGAGGCAUAUGGGGAAGGAUCCGAGGAGAGAGCAGGACCUCAGGGGGGCGAGAGCAGGAGGGAGAGAUGAUGAAAGAGAGAGAGACAGGCAGAGACAGAAAGACAAAGACAGACAACGGAUAAGAACAAUGAGCAGGGACAGAGGAUUCGAAGAGGAACGGGGGCACAGCAGGGACCGGCCCAGGGAGGGCAAGGCGUCUUGGGAGGAGGAGGAGGAUGACGGUGAGAGGGAGAGGAGGGCCGGGGUCCGGCUGCGUAUCCACUCAGGCCCCGAAAAUGUGUUUGAUGAUCUGGAGUUGGAAGGCGGGGGUCCUGGCAGGGGACGCAGUCAUUCUCGUUCCAACGGAGAGACAGGUCGUAUUGUGCACCGAGGGAGCGGAGCAGUGAUUCCAGCAGAGUUCGGAGUGACCGAGGCCACCAAGGGAUUAGCAAAGCUCGAUAUCCGUGAGCAGGAGCUGAAGGACAUGGAGGUGGCCAGGAAACUGCAGGAGGAGGAGAUCAAGGCCAGCAAGAUGCACGUGCGUUCAGCUCAAGUCGCGCAGGAUGAGGAAAUCGCCCGACUGUUAAUGGAACAAGAGAAGAAGGAGUACAGGAAAAAUCGAGAUCGGGAGAAAGAGCAGGACAGGGAGGAGAAAGAGAGGGAGAGGUUGGCCUUGGAGAAGAUGGCAUAUGAAAGGAGGCGUCCAGAGGGAGACUACCGGCCCAGCUCGGAGGAAGUCGUCCGGCCCAGAACACGGGAUGAGCAGGAACACCAGAGGCAGAGGAACCACAACAAGCCUUCCAGGCCUCCUCAGCCUCGUGCACAUGACUAUGAGAACGUGAACUCUGCCUACGGCUACUCGGACUCCAUGCCCCCCCCCCGCGCUCCCACCAGACCCGAGGCUCAUAUCAGAGGACGCUGUACGAUGGCCAGCUCGGGACUGCAGCUCCUCGGUUUCUUCCUCUCUCUGGUCGGUCUCGCUGCCACUGUGGGCGCAACGUUGUUGGUUGAAUGGAAGAAGCAGUACCAGGGCAAGACGCACCGCAUAUUUGAGGGUUUGUGGAUGAGCUGCAGUGGCAAUGAAAGAACAACUUGUGAAUAUCACCAGUACCUCCUGAAGCUGCCAAGGGAGGUCCAGGCUACAAGGGCGGUGAUGCUGAUCAGCGUCUUCCUCUCCACCGUGGCUCUGAUGGUCUCCACAGUGGGGAUGAAGUGUACUCGCUUCAUGGAUGGCAAGCCUGAGAGCAAAUCCAUAACAGCUAUGAUCGGAGGAAUCAUGUUCAUGGUUUCAGGUAUAUUGACAAUCAUUAUAACCUCCUGGUAUGUCAAAGUGAUUGUUGACAUCAACCAGGAAUCCAGUCAACUUCAGAGCUUUGAGUUUGGUAAUGCUGUGUUUGUCAGCUGGGCUGGUGGUCUCCUCACUGUGGCUGGUGGAGCUUUCCUGGGCUGUCGGACAUGCUCGCAGUCUCAGACGACCGGAUCCAUGAUCUCCAACAACCACCUCCUCCCCCCCAAGGAGGGCCCAAGGUCCAACUAUGUCUAGUGGAGAGGCUGCGAUACAAUCAGUCCAGCAGUGACAUUACAGAGCAAAGCAGGUUGUGUUUUUAUUACACGAUUAGAAAUACUGAACAUCAAGGAUCAGGAUUACACACAACAUCAGGCAGUUUGUUCUGAAAUUCAAUAUCAUUUUUUAAAUUUAAAGUUUUCUAUCAAUCAGAAAGUCACUGCCUUAACUUGUUUUAUCUAGAAAAUGUGUUUGGGUGAGUACACAAUUGUGAAGUUGCGCAACAACUACUAAUGAAGAGCGAUAUAUCAAAAACUAAGAAUAAUGUAGAAUAAUUAUUUAGAUGCCUGGUGGCAAAAUGCCUUUUUUUUCAUUGCUGUACAAUCCAUUCUACUUCAGUUUCACACUGGUGUAUCGUGUUGCUUGUGUAUUUUGUUAAAGUUUUAUAUUUUUCUUGUUGUUUUUAUUUUUUUCAUUUAACUUGGUUGUUAUUUUUAUUUGUCAGUUUGAAAGAUUGUUGUUUAUACAUUUUGAGAAAGUUUUUUAACUGAUUCUUUACUCAGGUUAACUUUAUACUCUUUUAUAUUACAUACAGUAUUCACUUUAUGCUUGUGUCAAACUCAUGAAAUCACUUCUGGCAUGUUGAAUACAAGGUAUAUACAUUUAUGCUGUCCAAAACUAGUAUUACAAGAUUAUUGAAGGUU